AUGUCACAACAUUCUUGGAAAGAUCGCGCGGCUGCGAAGCGGGCUGAGACUCUAAACAAAAUCCGCCCGGAAUGGAGAUUAUCCGCGGACGACCUUGAACGCGCAAAUCAACAGCGCGACAUCACCGGUCCAUUCAUCGAGCAAUUUCUCGAUAAAGAUGAAAUUUCUAUCACGUCGAUGACAAGUGUACCGCUUUUGCAGACUUUGGCGGAACAGAAAUGGUCGGCUGUUCAGGUUGCGACAGCUUUUUGCAGGAGGGCGGCUGUUGCGCAUCAAAUUAACAAUUGUUUGCAUGAGGUUUUCUUCGAUCAAGCACUUGAGCGCGCAAAGUUUCUUGACGACUACUUCGCUCAGCACAAGAAGCCUCUUGGACCACUUCACGGGUUACCCAUCAGUCUCAAAGAUCAAUUCCACGUCAAGGGUGUUGAUACCACGAUGGGAUAUAUCGGUUGGAUUGGAGGUAAUCUUGGAGUCCCGAGAGAGAAAACUCACAAAUUUGAAAGCCAGCUUGUUAAAGAAUUACUGUCACUGGGAGCAGUGUUGUACUGCAAGACCAGUCUGCCCCAAACACUACUUUUUGGGGAAACGAAGAAUAACCUCAUUGGUGAGACUUUGAAUCCGAUCAAUCGAAAUCUGUCUUGCGGGGGCUCAUCCGGGGGAGAAGCUGCGCUGAUGGCUCUGGGUGGGAGUUCUGUUGGCGUCGGUACAGAUAUCGGUGGAUCAUUGCGUAUCCCAACUGGUUUCUGUGGUAUCUUCUCCAUCAAACCUACCUCAAAUCGACUUUCCUACCGCGACGUUGCGAACACGAAUCCUGGGCAAGAUACGUAUCGGUCAACGGUUGGCUUUAUGGGUACAUCGGUUGAGGCCCUUGAGGUUGUGUUCAAGUCCGUUCUCGGCACGGGGCCGUGGCUACGAGAUCCUGCUGUCAUACCAAUUCCGUUCAGAGAGGAGAUGAUGGCUUCGUAUUCCUCGAGAGCUGAUCGGAAGGGGAAUCCCAAAUCUGGGCAGAGGCCCUUGAAGAUGGGUGUGCUUUGGUCGGACGGAAUGGUAGGACCUCAUCCACCUGUUCUUCGUGGUCUACAUGCUGUAGUCGAUGCUUUGAGAAAGGCUGGUCACAAGGUAGUAGACUGGGACCCGCCAUCGCAAGAAAGAGCCACAAACAUACUGGGCGGAUUCUUCUCCGCUGAUGGAGCACACGAUAUUCACAGUCACCUGGACCGUUCGGGCGAACCUCUGGUACCAGAUCUUGACUUUCCGCUCAAAGAUCCAACAGGGUUGUUGAAGUAUCAAGACCUAACACUCCAGGGUCUCGAAUAUGAGCGAGAAUACUCAGACUACUGGAACUCGACUGAAGAUUCAGACGCAUAUACCGACGCGAUGAACGUAACGAACUAUUCAGCGGUCAUCAUCCCCACGAUCCGAGCAGAUGCGGCCAUUGAUGUAUUCGACGAUUCGUAUAAACCGUUGGGUGAUUUGGACAAGAAGAACUGGCAGGCCUACGACGCUUCUGUUUAUGAUGGAGCGCCUGUUGGAAUUCAAAUUGUGGGGAGGAAAUUUGAGGAGGAGAAGUGUUUGGCUAUCGCUAAAAUUGUUCGUGCGGUUUUGCAAAACGCGCUUUAG